AGAAAAAAAAUUAAUUUUUUUUCUUUCCAAAAUCAAUUAUUUAAAAAUAUACACACACACAUAUAUUUAAAUUUAUAAGUUAAAAAUUAUUCAGUAUCCGUAGUGACGCUAAAAUUCGAAUUGUUUCUUACCGAAAAUCACUGAUAAUGUCUGUAAAAGCGAUGCAAAUCUUGUCCGAUUCAUCAAAAAGUAUCGUUUCAGAAAAAGGAGCAAGAUCAUCUUAUGAUAAUGUGAUUUUUAAUUCUCCACCAGCUGAAAUUAAAAAACGACAUACAUGUGGCAGUGCUCAAGGAAGUCCACAUCCAAUGUUUCAUACCACUUCUUUCUCAACAUCAUCUCCGUCUAUACCAUCAUAUACACUUCCUGAACAUUCUUAUUCUGCUCCAACUUUACAAACCAAUAUUCAAACCAAUAUUCAGAGUUCUAAUGCAAUUGAUUCAACGUCAGAUAAUAUUUUGACUACAUCAGAUCUAAAGUCGCAACAACAAAACAAUGACAAAAUUACUACAACCAAAUCAUCUGAAAAAAAGCUUUUACCAUCAGAUCUACCAAAAAUUGCUACGCAUUUUGUUCAAGAACCAACAAUUUCUUCCGAAUUUCUAAAGAAGUCUCAACAUCAACGUGUUGCUUCGGACGAUUCAUUAGCGUCAUUGACUGCAUUACCAAGUCCUGCUACUUCAGUUAAUGACUUUCCCAUUGCGCAUAAUGUAAAACACGUGCCACUGGCUCAUAAAAUAAGUUCAUCGCAUUUAAAUGUUGAUAGUAAAAAUUAUCCACAUCAUCUUUCACAUUUUGAAGGUCAUUUACAAAACGAUCAUCCAGAAAAAGAUCAUCAUACAAAUCACUUAAGCGAUAAUGGACCAAUAUUUGCACAUGAUACAUUACAACGAAGAUUAUCGAAAUUUGGAUUAUCAAACACUACGGAAUUAAUCGGUCAUUAUGCGAUCUUAGAGACAAUUGGUACAGGGGCUUUUUCUGAAGUCAAAUUAGCGGUAGAUUUGAAUGGUUGUAGAAAUGUUGCAAUUAAAAUGAUUUCAACGAAAGGAAUUGAAGAUAGUGAAAGAUUAAAGACUAGCAUAUUGAGAGAGGUCGAAAUUUUGAAGUAUAUUGAUCAUCCAAACAUUGUUAAACUUUUGGAUACCGUUGAAACGUCAACACAUUAUUGCCUUAUUCUUGAAUAUGUUUCAGGAGGAGAACUAUUUGAUUAUGUAAAUGAUCAUUACGAAAAUUCAAAUGAAGAUGAAAGUAAACGCAUAUUUAUUCAAUUAGUAAACAUUUUAGAAUAUUUACACGAAAACAAUAUUGUGCAUCGUGAUUUAAAAUUAGAAAAUAUUUUAAUAGAUUCAUCAAAUCAAUCAUCAAAUGGACCAAUCAUUAAAUUAACAGAUUUUGGAUUGGCAAAGUUUAUUGAUAAAUCACCUAUAUUAACAGCACGAUGUGGGUCAGAGGAAUAUGCAGCACCUGAAUUAAUGUCAGGAAAACUCUACGAUGGACGUAAGACCGAUUUGUGGUCUUUAGGAGUUGUUUUAUACGCUUUAUUGGUUGGGUAUUUACCUUUUAAUUUAGAAGCUGGUCAAACAAGAAGACAAUUUUUUAGUAGAAUCCUUAGAGCUGAUUUUACUUUUCCGAAUAGUGAAAAAGAGACAGGUAGAAAGUCUAUGAUUAGUAAUGAAGCCAAAGAUCUUGUUAAAAAAAUUUUACAAGUUAAUCCUCAAAAACGUCUUAGUUUAAGCGAAAUUAAAAAUCAUUCCUGGUUAAAAGGUGUUGCUGUUUAAGUAUUAGAAUUAAGAUCGUUUUAGAGGGAGGAUAUUAUUUUUUUACUUUUUUAUCUUCUUUCCUUUCUUUUUUUUUUUACUUAAAAUAGACUAUGGAGAACAAUUGAUACAUAUAACAUUUUUUUUUUAUACGUUUAAAAUGUGUGUAUAUAUAUAUUACCGUUCAUUUUCAAAAAGUUGUAUCAUUUCG